AAACUCGUCGGAAUCGCAAAUGUUGGCGAUCCCGUCUCACUUCUAUUUUGUAAUUUUAUUAAAAACGGAAAGAAAACCUCAAAUCCCCCAUUCCCAAAGCGGCGACAGAACCCAAAUCCCUUUCUCUGAACAAUCCCCCAAAGCCCUAGCCAAAUCGCACGCCAGUCCUCAGAUCUCGUUGCUGGUCAUCGGAUCGGGGGCUUCCCUUUCUCGUUUCCUCCUCCUCUUCUCCGGUUGCACUGAGGGUUAGCGGUAGCAGUGGGUCUCGAUCUUCUCCAUCUCUGCUCCAUUGACACUUAUCGGUACUUCAGUUCCCUCUCCUGUUUCGUUCUUUACAGCUCUGUUUUUAAGUUUGCUUGUGGUUUGAGUUUGAGCUUUGGUUGAGUGGUACAGUUAGUGUUUCUUUUGAAAAAAAAAUGGCAUCUUGCAGUGGUGACAGUAGGAGUGGUUCAGUGGAUGUGAAAAUCUUAAAAAGAAAAAAUGCUCCAGGAAAUAGGAGUGAUGUGGGUUGGGAACAUGGUUAUGAGGUUGAAGGAGGGGAUUCUAGGACUAGGAAGGUUAGAUGUAAGUAUUGUGACAAAGAAAUCAGUGGGGGUAUUUAUCGUUUCAAACAUCAUUUAGCUGGUACUAGAAAAGAUACAGGAGCCUGUCUUAAAGUGCCAAAAAAUGUUAAGAAGGACAUGCUUGAUGUGCUUGUGAAAAGUUCAGAGAGAACAGAAGAAAAGAAAAAGGGUUUUGGCACCCGGGAUGAGGAGAGUGAUGGUGAUGAUGAAGAGGUGUUGAGAAGGAAGAACAUGGUUACUAAAAGGAGGUCUAUUAAUUCUUUGUUUAGAAGAUGUAAAAGCACCCAACACACCAUUACUCAAAUGUUCAAAAAAGAUUCCAGGGAGGAGGAGGAGGAGGUAAGCCGAGAAAUUGCUAGGUUUUUUUACACUAGUGGAAUUCCUCUCAGCUGUGUGAAAAAUCCAGUGUUUGAAAAAAUGUGUGAGUUGAUUGGGAAAUGUGGACCUAGCUUCAUACCUCCAUCUUAUCAUGAGAUUGGAGAAAAGUAUUUGAAAAAAGAGAUUAAGCAUACUAUGGAAUUACUUGAGAAGCAUAAAGCCCAGUGGAAAAAAACUGGUUGCUCCAUUUUGUGUGAUGGCUGGACCAAUAAAAGGCAGCGUUCCAUACGCAAUUUCUUGGUCAAUAGCAAUGAGGGCACAAUAUUUUUAUCAUCCGUUGAUGCAUCUGGGAUUUUAGAAAGUGCUGAAAAAGUUUUUGAGAUGUUAGAUGAAGCUGUUGAUAAAGUAGGGGAGGAGAAUGUUGUGCAGGUUAUUACUGAGAAUACUACCAAUUAUAAAUUAGCUGGGGGGAUGCUAAUGGAGAAAAGAAAAUCACUUUGGUGGACACCAUGUGCAGCACAUUGUAUUGAGUUGAUGUUGGAGGAUUUUGGGAAAAAUUUUAAGGUCCACCAUGAGACAAUUAGAAAGGGAAAAAAGAUUACAGCUUUCAUCUAUUCGAGAACCUUACUCAUUGACAUGUUGAAGCAGUUUACUGAGGGCAGGGAUUUAAUAAGACCAGGUGUAACCCAAUUCGCUACUGCAUAUCUUACUUUAGGGUGCCUUAAUGAGCUCAAGGGUGAAUUGAUGGCCAUGUUUUCUUCACAAACAUGGAAAAAUAGUGAAUAUGCAGGACUAAAGGAUGCUAAAGAUGUGGAAAAUGUGGUUUUUAAUUGCAGAUUUUGGCAAAAUAUCACUAUAUGCAUUAAGGCUGCAUAUCCGCUCCUUGAUGUGCGUCGUUUAGUUGACUUGGAGGAGAAGCCAGCCAUGGGCUUCAUUUAUGAGGAGAUGAAUCGAUGCAAAGAAAAGAUUCAAAAUAAUUUCAACAAUGUCAAGGAAAGUUAUGAGACUAUUUGGGAGAUUAUUGAUGCUAGAUGGGAGUCCCAACUUCUUAAGCCAUUGCACGUCACGGUAUAUUUUUUGAAUCCCCAAUUUCAUCAUGGUCCUAAUUUGAAGGCGGGUUUUGAAGUUAAGAAGGGAUUAUAUGACUGCUUAAGUAGAAUGGUACCAGAUCUAAAAGAAAGUUGCAAGAUUGACUUGCAGAUUGAUGAAUUUAAGGCUGCCGAUGGGCUAUUUGGGAGUGAAUUUGCACAGAGGGCAUGGGAUACGGAAACUCCAGUUGAUUGGUGGAAAUCCUAUGGAAAUGGUUGUCCUGAAUUGCAAAGGUUUGCCAUUCGGAUACUUAGCCUGUCUUGUGGUUCAUCGGGAUUGAAACAUAAUUGGAGGAUUUUCGAUACGGUUCAUGCCAAAAGGAGGAACAAUUUACGCCAAAAGAGGAUGAAUAAUUUGGUGUUUGUCAUGUACAACUUAAAGUUGGAAGACAAACAAGCAAGGAAUCAACUUGAAUUGGAUGAUCUCUCCUCAGAUGAUGAAUGGAUAACAGCAUCACAAGCAGAUGGAGGAAGUUAGUUUGGAUAUCAAGGCGAAUUGAACUUAGAAAUAGGUGUAGAGCUAAAAACAACUUCAGCUACGCUUCUUACUUUGUUUUUAUGGCCUUAACUAAGGAUUUUAAUUUAAAUGACGAAGAGAAAGCUGUAUGGCAUGAACUGAAACAUUUUUUUACUGUUUAGAACUGAUGCAUUGAAAAUGGUG